AUGGAGGUGAUGCCACCGACAUCCUCCUCGACUUCGCUUGUGCCUGUCGUGGUUUUCUCAUUCUAUAAGUUUUCUACCAGGCAUUGGUUACGCUCCCGCCAGGCUCUUUUUUCCUCCAGUAUGGCUCUUGAGUCAGUCGUUUCUCGCCUUGGUACCUCAGUCUCUAUUAACUCAAACGAGGCUUCGCUAGCAUCCUCGUUGCCAAACUGCUUUUGGUCGUUCUUCUGUCAUGAGUCUACCUUUUUUACUAGGUUGGCGUGA